AGAAACCAGGAAGACUUCCAAGAAAUAGCAUCGGCUGUUCCCACCUCUCGGCUCUUCGCGUUUUUCACAGGGAUGCGAAAGUUAGUUGGGGGCUGUAAAGAGUCUAAAGACUUCGGAGUCCUAGGCAAGAUCUAAAGAUAUCAUCGGCCGGGGCUGACGACCCCGGAUUAUGGUUCCAUUAUCGGUGUUCGCUGAUCCUUCGUCGGGAUCCGAUGUACUAGGUCCAACCAUUAUGGGGUCUUUCUAUAGGGCUGCCUAUACUACCACGCUAUACCAGGGCAGACUAUACAGAUUACACAGCUGCCUACAUCGUAGUAUAGAGAUGAAUAUUUGUAUAAAGACAAGUUAAAUCGAACGAAUUUGGAGAGAAGAAGAAAUAGAAUACACACACACCAGCCUCAUUCACAUCAUCAUAGCAACAUUUCAACAAUUUUCAUUACUCUUUACUCUUUACUCUUUUCACUUUUUUGGAUUUCCUCAUUUCUUAUCUUUUUUGAUUCCAAUACCAUCUUCAACAAUGUCUGUUCCUCAGCGAUGCACUGUUCUAGUAGUCGGGGGUGGCCCUGCUGGCUCCUACUGCGCUUCCGCCUUGGCACGAGAAGGCAUUGACACUGUACUUCUAGAAGCGGAAAAGUUCCCACGAUACCACAUUGGAGAGAGCAUGCUUCCUUCCAUUCGUCACUUCCUACGAUUCAUUGAUCUUGACAAGAAGUUCGACAGCUAUGGAUUCCGCGUCAAGAACGGCGCUGCUUUCAAGCUUAACCACUCUAUGCCCCAUGCCUACACCGACUUCCUAGGCGCUGGUGGCCCUGAGGGCUACGCAUACAACGUCGUCCGCUCUGAAGCCGACGAGUUGAUUUUCAGACACGCUGGAAAGAGUGGUGCUCAGAUCUUCGACGGCAUCAAGGUGAACGGCCUCGAGUUUGAGGACUUCCCCGGCUACGAUGGCAAGGACGAGAUCCCCAACCCUGGUCGACCUACUUCUGCGACCUGGUCGCGGAAAGAGGAUGGCGCCACUGGCACCAUCAACUUCGACUACCUCGUCGACGGCAGUGGACGCGCGGGAAUUAUGAGCACCAAGUACCUAAAGAACCGCAAGUACAACGAAGGCUCGCAACUUAAGAGCGUCGCUACUUGGGGAUACUGGGAGGGCCACGGCACAUAUGGUCUUGGCACCAAGCGAGAAGGUGCUCCCUUCUUCGAGGCCUUGACUGAUGCCUCUGGCUGGGUGUGGUUUAUCCCCCUUCACACCGGAAGAGUUUCCGUUGGUGUGGUCAUGAACCAGCACCUCUCCACUGCCCGCAAGCGGGAGACCGGCAUGGACAGCAAGGCUCUCUACCACGAUGUCCUGAAGUCUACUCCUGAAAUGGCGGGUCUUCUCAAGGAUGCUACCAUGGUUACGGAUCUCAAAUCCGCAUCCGAUUGGUCUUACAGCGCGCCUGCCUACGCUAGCCCCUACGUCCGCAUGGCCGGCGACGCUGCAUGCUUCAUCGACCCCUUCUUCUCCUCCGGUGUGCACUUGGCCUUGGCCGGUGGUCUAUCCGCCGCCACGACCAUCUGCGCUUCCAUCAGGGGCCAGUGCGACGAGAUCGCAGCCGCCACGUGGCACUCCAAGAAGAUCGCUGAGGGAUACACCCGCUUCCUACUAGUCGUUUCCAGCGCCCUAAAGCAGAUCAAGUCGCAGGACAACCCCGUCAUCUCCGACUGGGACGAGAAGUCCUUCGACCGCGCUUUCAACCACUUCCGACCCAUCAUCCAGGGACAAGCCGACGUCCAGGGCAAGCUCUCCGAGGAGGAAGUAUCCAAGACCAUCGACUUCUGCUUCAACGCUUUCAUCCCCGUGGAUGCUAAGCAGAAGGAGAGCCUUCUCGAGAGGAUGCGCGAGCUAGGCAUCGAAGAUCUCAGCCAGAUCGAGGACAAUGAGCAGUACGCCAAGGGUGUCGCUGAGCUCGAGGGGCUUCUCUCCCCCGAGCAGAUGCGCAUCAUGCACUCCAUCCGCGCCCGCCAGAUGCUCCGCUCCGAAGACACCAUCAACAUCGACAACUUCGGCUCCGAUGUCAUCGACGGCUUGACCGUUAACCUAAAGGUUGGCCAGCUAGGCCUGGUAGCACCUACCAAGAAGGCUAGCACCCGACCCGAUGUCCUCGCCUUGAUGAGCGGCGAGGAGCAGCUCGAGAAGAAGGAAGAGGCCCCGGUUGCCGUCGCAGUUGAAGAGACCGGCGACUCCUUCACUGGUGUCGAGCAACUCGCCAAGGGCGCCGCCAACGGUGUCACCGAGCACACUGUCCACCUCACCCCCCUCAAGGGUAACUCGGCCGGCCCCGGUAACGAAGCCAGCCGCCUGCAAAUGGAGGACACUCUCCGCGGUCUAGCCGAGAACUUGGAGACGCCUCACGAUACCAUGCUGAGAAUGUUCAACUCUGCCCUGGAAAUCUCCGUCGUGAAAUCCGCCUUCGACCUCAACAUCUUCAAGCGCCUCUCGGAAAGCGCCACUCCCCUCAGCGUCGACGAGCUCUCCGCCCCCACCAACUCCGACCCCCUCCUAAUCGGCCGCCUGCUCCGCUACCUCGCCUCGAUCCGCAUGAUCGUCGAGACGGGCAAAGACCUCUUCACCGCGAACAACGCCAGCCGCGCCUUCUCCGACGGCCGCGUCGAGGGCGCCCUCAAGUACGCCUUCCACAUCGGCGGGCCGACCUACCAGGCUCUUCCCGACUUCUUGAAGGAGACGGGGUACCAGAACCACACGGGCGGCAAGUUUGCGUGGCACAAGGGCGCGCGGACGGACCUCGACUUCUUCCCGUGGGCGCAGCAGCACCCGGAGAGCCUGCAGUGGUUCCAGGGGCUGAUGAGCAUCCCGCGCGAGGGCGACUGGCUCGACGUGGUCCCCAUGCCCGUCGACGCUGGCAAGGAGCCCGUCUUCGUCGACGUCGGCGGCGGCAUGGGCCACCAGUGCGCGCGGCUGACGGCCAAGCUGCCCGCGCUCCAGGGGCGCGUGGUUCUGCAAGACCGGCCGGAGACGAUCUCGAUCGCGCCCGCCAUCCCGGGAGUGCAGGCGAUGGGCCACGACUUCUUCAAGGACCAGACGGUCAAGGGCUCCAAGUACUACUACCUGCGCACGGUGCUGCACGACUGGGAGGACCCCGAGGCCAUCACGAUCCUCCGCAACCUGGUCCCGGCCAUGCGCCCGGACUCCAAGAUCCUGAUCGACGAGAUGGUGCUGCCCAACACGGGGGUGCACUGGUGGUCGGCUUGCUUGGACCUGCACAUGUACGCGAUGCUCGGUGCCAUGGAGCGCAACGAGGACCAGUGGCACAGUCUGCUUGACAAGGCUGGGCUCCGCAUUGUGGAGAUCAAGACGUACAGCCCGGUUAUGAGGCACUCGAUCAUUGUUGCCGAGCCUAAAUAA